UUGUAGCUACCCAGCCUGCAAAUCACAGGGUGUUUUGCCCCCUUCCUGUAUUUAAAUUCAUUAACAAAAUAUUAUGCCAUUCCCCUUGUAGACUCUCCAUUUCACCUCCCAUCACUGGCCACAGGGUUAAGGAGCAGUAAAAAAGAGGAACGGAAGGAAGUUGGCUGACAGGGCUGAGAGGAGUGGGGGUGGGAAAGACCUUGGCCUCUUUCCCUGCUUAUAACUGGAUCUGUGACUCAUCUUGUGAGUCAUUCAGCUACACCUCCCAGCGUCCAUCGCUCCUGGCAAAAACCUGCAACCAGAUCAAGAUUCUGAAAAUGGAAAAAUCUGAUACAGCCCCUUGUCUCUCAAGCCUUCCUUUCAUCCACUAAGCCUCCACUGGGUGUGUGUGGGGAGGUGAGAGGUGGUCCUCAGUUGCUGUCCUCUUUGCAUGCCUGGCUGGGUACUGAUCCAAGUUACUCAUUUUUCUUUUUUCUGCCUCUGACUUUCCUCCAUUUCUCUGGUGGUUUUUUUUUUACUGUAUUCCUCCGCUGCUGCUAUACCUCCAAUUAUUAAAGACUAAAACGAGGCUCUUGAAUGAAGGAUGGUAGGGAGAAGGAGGGUGGAUAAUGGGAUUUUAACAUUGUGGUACACAUUUCUUCCUAUUGCAACAGCCCUUAGGAAGCCCUUGGAAAUUUUAUUCCCCCAAGAGAUUGAGGGCUCUGGAAUGCAAGUGAGGAUGGGGAUGAUUGGCAGCAUUUAGGACUUCUAGAGUCAGGCUUCUGGGUCACUUUCCUAGCAGGUGUAUGCCUCAGAUACACUCUCUGUCUCUCACAAAAUCUUCACGAUUUCCAGUUGUAGCCAAGACAGGGAACUUCUAAAGCUGAGGCUGGAAGGGUGUUCUGCUGUGGGGAAGAGUAUUGAGUGUCACUUUAGAAAACUGGGACCCCCACCUAAGGAUUGCUGCCUGUAUACAGACUCAAAAUCAAUAAAACAGCAGCCUAUUAACUCUUUGUAUUUUACUUCCUGUCUUUUUCAUAUCUAAAUGUGGAUUUUUGCCUUCCUACCCUCAGACUCCCUUAGCUGUAGUCCCAUUCCUUCCCUCUUAGAGCCUACACACUCAUCUUUGCUUCUUCAGUUGCAGAGGUGUGGGUGGGGAGAUGGGAUUGUUGAACUGAACAAAGGUUUCCAGCCCUCAGCUUUCAAAGUCCUGAACAUGAAUCAUUAAUUUGGAGAUCUAGUGUCUGGGUUGGAGGGAAAGGUCAUGUACCUGGAGUGGGCUCUGGUUUCCUAUUGGCUGGUGUAUGUGUGUGAUGUACUAAGUGGCAAUACCUGGAGUGGGCUCUGGUUUCCUAUUGGCUGGUGUGUGUGUGUGUGUGAUAUGCUAAGUGGCAAUAUCUUUCCCUUAGGUCUCCCACUCCCACCCCAGUAAGCACAUCUGCACUUGUGUCUGCAUCCUGGAAAUAUUUCAGUUUCCCUACUUUUCCACUUUACAUGACUUACUAUUUCAUGCUUUCUAGAAAAGGAUAUACAGAACACUACCUUGACCCCCUCCUCAUUUCUUGGGUCUUGCCAGGCAAAAAUCCCCUUAAGUCCAAUUUCCAUUUAUUCCCUCUCAACCACUUUUGUUAGGUCUCUCAGGGGGAGCAGUAAGCAGGCCUGAACUGCUUUCACAUUCCUCCUACCCAUUCUCCCCCAGCCUUCCCUUUAAGACUAACAAACCCUGAGCUUCCCAGAGAAGUGGCCCAAAUUAUUCCAGUUAAUACUCAGUACUCUUGCUCCCCUCAGGCCGUCUCCAAUACUCAUGAAUAGGAUCUGGAUUAGGGUAAAGAAGGGAAUCUAGGUACUUUUUUCCCAGAUCCCACUUUUUCCUCACCUUUUUCAGGCUCCUCUACUUCCUCUCUACUUUUCCAGAAUUGUGUGUAUUCUCCUUUAAGGGGCUGGGCAUCUCUCCCGCCCUCUCAAGAGUCAACAGAAGUUUCCGAGGAGCCUCCGUUAGCUGGGCUGGACUCACUUUUCAAAAGACCCCAAAUCGUGCGUGCACCCCAACGCUCCUUUCCCUUGUGUUCUCCCCCUGCUUCCUUCCCGACUUCCCUCUUCUCAGUUACAAGCUUCAGCCUCUCCCCAAGGGGUCUGAGCAUCCUCAAAUCUUCCCACCCUUAAAUGCUCCAUCCCCAGAUGGAGUCAGAGAAAUGUGGUGGGGGGGCCGGGGCCAGAGUUUCAACAUCACCCCCAGGAAAGAAGAGCCAGAGGGGCUCUCUGGACCAAAAUCUGCCCAGGGAAGUGCAAUGCUAGAGCCCAGGACUCAUCAGCUUGGCAGCUGCCAGGCCUCUGGAUGCCUCCCAGGGGAGCAGAUCCUAGCAUGGGCCCCAGGGGUGAGGAAGGGGCUGGAACCUCAAUUGCCUGGAACCCUGAUCUGCACUAACUUGAGAGUCACCUUCCAGCCCAAUGGAUGGCAGCGGAGUCAGGAGACUCCCCUGAGCAGUGAAUAUGAUUUUGCCCUGGUCAACAUUGGGCGAUUGGAGGCAGUGAGUGGCCUAUCCCGCAUCCAGCUCCUCCGUCCAGGGUCCCCGCUUAAAUUUAUCCCUGAGGAGAUUCUGAUUCAUGGCCGAGAUUUCCGCCUGCUCAGAGUUGGUUUUGAGGCUGGAGGACUAGAGCCUCAGGCUUUUCAGGUGACCAUGGCCAUUGUCCAAGCCAGAGCUCAGAGCAGUCAAGCCCAGCAAUAUGCAGGGAUAACCCUGAGCAAGGCUGGCCAGAGUUCUGGCUCCAGAAAACCACCUAUUCCCCUCUUGGAGGCAUCAGAAGACUGGGAGACUGAGCGGAAAAAGCAGGGGGCCAGGGGCUGGAGGGUCAGCACCGUCAAUGAGAGGUUCGACAUAGCUACCAGCCUCCCAAAUUAUUUCUGGGUCCCUAACCGAACCCUGGACAGUGAGGUCAAGAGAGCAUUUGGCCACUUCCACCAGGGCCGUGGACCGCGCCUGUCCUGGCAUCAUCCUGGGGGUAGUGAUCUCCUCCGCUGUAGCGGCUUCUACACAGCCAGUGACCCUAACAAGGAGGAUAUCAGAGCAGUAGAGUCGAUGCUCCAGGCUGGGCAUUCAGAUGUUGUCCUGGUAGACACUAUGGAUGAGCUGCCUAAUCUUGCAGAUGUCCAAGUUGCCCACUUGAGGCUGAGGGCCCUCUGCCUGCCUGAUUCAUCUGUAGCUGAGGAUAAAUGGCUCUCAGCCCUGGAAGGAACACGAUGGCUGGACUAUGUCAGGUCUUGUCUUCGAAAGGCCAGUGACAUCUCAGUCUUAGUGACAUCCAGGGUUCGCUCUGUAGUACUUCAAGUUUCCUGGCCCCUCCUUCUUUGUCCCUUCUAUCAUCCAGAGCAUGGUGACCGUGAUUUCAAUGGCCUCCUCUCUUCACUCGUCCAGCUGCUUUCAGCCCCUGAAGCCCGAACACUGCUUGGAUUCCAAUCACUAGUGCAGCGAGAGUGGGUGGCAGCUGGACAUCCCUUCCUCACCCGACUUGGGGGAGCUGGGGCCAGUGAAGAGGCACCAGUGUUUCUCCUCUUCCUUGACUGUGUCUGGCAGCUCCUCCAGCAGUUUCCAGCUGAGUUUGAAUUCUCUGAGUUUUUCCUUCUCGCUCUUCAUGACAGUGUCAGGGUUCCCGACACCCUCACAUUCUUGAGAGAUACUCCCUGGGAGCGUGGAAAGCCAAGUGGUGGAAAGCCAAAGUUUAACUCCUAUACGCAGGUCUAUACCUCAGGGUGUAUCUAUAACUCAAAGCCCCUGGCUGGAAACUCUAUUAACCUGAAGCUAUCUGUCUGGGACUGGGAUUUACGCUACAGCUAUGAACAGACACUUCAGUUCCAUAAUACUGGCUAUGACCCAGAACACUGCCCAGAUUCCUGGCUCGCUAGACAGCAGCCAAGCUUCAUGGUUCCUGGACCUCCCAGUUCUGUCUGGCUCUUCUCUAGAGGGACCCUGACUCCCCUGAAUCAGCUCUGUCCUUGGCGGGACAGUUCUUCCCUACUGGCAGUCUCUUCUCGUUGGCUGCCUCGACCUGCCAUCUCCUCUGAAAGCCUGGCUGAUCAGGAGUGGGGGCUUCCCUCACACUGGGGAGCUUGCCCUUUACCCCCGGGACUGCUGCUGCCUGGGUAUCUGGGACCCCAGAUCAGGCUGUGGAGACGCUGCUACCUGAGGGGAAGGCCUGAGAUCCAGAUAGGCCUCUCAGCUCCCACAAUCUCUGGCCUCCAGGAAGAACUAACCCAUCUUCAGGAGCUAUUAAGAAAAUGGACACCAAGAGUAUCUCCUAAAGAUAACUCCAAGGAAAGAGAUCCAAAUACCACUCUUUACCAAUCCCAAUGGAAUUUCUGACUUUUUCAUGGGCAGGGCAAGGGCCGUCUGGGGUGAGGGAGGGUCCUAAUUCGAUUUUUCUUAUCUGCUAUUGCUUUUACAUUGCAAUCCUCAUCAAGCCCAGUGACUUUUCAUUGCAGAUGGAUGGUGCUAACUUUCUCUCCAACUCUUGCCCUGUCCUGUUUGGGUUCUCACAACUUAUGUGUAUAUAUAUAUAUACACACACACACAUACACAUAUAUAUAAAAUUUGAUUGGAACGAAUUUAAAGAAUUAAAAAACAAGUGCUUCCUUUGCUUUUGACGAUUUGUGAUUUGAGGCAGAAACAAAUCAGUCCACAUGAUUGCCUUUUUUUUUCAAAGUGAUUCCAUUCCUUUUGGAUAUCCAGCUGUUUAAAACUGAGAUCAGAGAUGCUGUUCCUCAGUCUCCACAAGAUGGCUCAGAGACCUCAUUCUCACCUCCUCUUGCUGCUGCUUUAAUUCCCAUUUCUAUUUCUUCCCUUUAGUUUUACAUGGGUAUGGAGUAGAUGUGGGUGGAUGUGGGAGACGGACCCUGUCUUUUCCAAUUGUGUAUUUUUCUAGUGACAUUUCUAUUUAAGAAGUUCAUUAAAGCACAGUAUUUAUAUA